UCAAAAUUACACUUCGUCUUUUUCCUUCACAUUAUUCGGAGAGAGAAUUAAAGAAGGCACCUUAUCAUCUUUGGGGCUGCUCUGCAAGUUGACAUUUAACACCCAACACUAACCGCCAACAGAAAAUCUUCUGAGAAAUUUUCCCAAAUUAUUUUUUUUUCUUUCUUUCAUUUCCAAUCAUACUUCUUUUCUAUCUAUCACCGGUGAAGAAAAUAUUGAGAAAAAUGAUGCAUUAAUAGUUAGAGCUGCUUACGUUUUUUGAUAAUUGAAAAACGGAGAGCGCUCGUAGGAGAAAUUGAACCCACGAUUUUAACAGUUUGCUGCAGAGCGUUUUUGUUUAUGUUAGUUCGUUGUGAGAGCUGCUUACUUAUUUGACAAUUGUCUUUGUAAUACAGUUAUUAGCAUGCUUAUGGCGGCGGUUGCUAUUUUAUUAUGUCUUAGUUGUUGAGUCGUUUUUGAUCUGUAAAAUUGAGAAAAAGAUGAAUCAUUUUGUUCCGGAUUUCGAAAUGGACGACGAUUGUGCUAUUCCGAAUUCUUCGGCGUUUGCUCGUCCGAGAAAAUCAAUCCCGUCUGCGGCGGCGGAGGAUGAAAUUAUGGAGCUGUUAUGGCAAAACGGUCAGGUAGUAGUGCAAAGUCAGACGCAAAUGUCGAUGAAGAAACAACCACAACCGCCGUCUCACCACCACGACGCGGUGGAGCAAACAAACCCUAGAGAACAUAAUAAUAAUAAUAAUAAUAAUAAUAAUCUUUUUAUUCAAGAAGAUGAGAUGGCUUCGUGGCUUCAUUAUCCGCUAAAUGAUUCGAAUUUCGAUCAAGAUUUUUGCGCCGAUUUUCUUUAUCCGCCGUCCUCAGCCGCGCCUGCCGCUUGUGUUACUUCCACCACCACAGCUAAUACUAGCGCCGCUCAAGUCCGGACACAGCAGCUGGCUACUGCAACAGCUUCUAGACCGCCGAUUCCACCGAUGAGACGACCGGAGGCGGUGCAAAAUUUCGCCUACUUUUCAAGACACAGAGCUAGAGCUGGCGGUACUCACGCCGAAGAAUCUGGACCAUCUAAUUCAAAACCAGUGGCGAGAGAGUCAACGGUUAUUGACUCGAGUGUAACGCCGGCUCCGAUGAUAUCAGAGUCGAGAAUUUCAGAGGCGGCGGUUGGGAGAUGCACUCCCGGCGGUGCGGUACUCGGUGAUAACAGAGAGAUGAUAUGCGAGAUGACGGUGACGUCAUCUACCGGUGGUUCUAGUGCAAGCGCGGAGCCGUCAACGACGGUGAUGAAACAAACGGCGGCGGAGGAUAGGAAACGGAAAGGAAGGGAAGAAGAAACGGAAUACUAUCCGAGCGAGGAUGUUGAAUUUGAAUCUGCAAAUGGAAAGAAACAAGCAAGAGGAUCAACAUCAACAAAGAGAUCUCGCGCUGCAGAAGUUCACAACCUUUCAGAAAGGAGACGGCGUGACCGAAUAAAUGAAAAAAUGAAAGCGCUGCAAGAGCUUAUACCUCGAUGCAACAAGUCAGAUAAAGCUUCUAUGUUAGAUGAGGCAAUUGAAUACCUGAAAUCUCUUCAGUUGCAAGUACAGAUGAUGUCCAUGGGAUGCAGCAUGGUCCCGAUGAUGUUUCCCGGCAUUCAGCAUUAUAUGCCACCAAUGGGGAUGGGGAUGGGCAUGGAAAUGGGAAUGAAUCGACCUAUGAUGCCAUUUCCCAAUGUUCUAGCUGGUUCGCCCCUGGCUGCAGCAGCUCACAUGGGUCCGAGGUUCCCUAUGCCAGCUUUUCAUAUGCCUGCUGAUCCAUCUAGAAUCCAAGGCGCAAACCAGUCAGAGCCGGCUCUAAAUGCAGUGAGCAUGCAGAACGUAAAUCAAGCACGAUUGCCACAUUUUGUCGAUCCUUACCAGCAAUACCUUAGUAUUCAGCAGAUGCAGAUAUCAGCAUCCCAGAACCAAACAAUAGUCCAGCCAAGUACCAGCAAGCCAAGUAGCAGUCAAGGAGUCGAUAAUCUUGAUAAUCACCAGUCAGGAACAUGACACAAUAGAAUGUUUGAUCAGCAAAAAAAAGAUUCAAAUCACGCGGCCCUGAGUUGUACAGCUGCACUGAUCUUCCAACAACCUUGUACUCAAGAAAAUGUCGCAAAUGAUGAUGGAACUUGUUGUGCUGUGAAGUUGAACUUAUGGGCAAAUCGCCCGUUGAGGUUUUGUAGUGUAAGAAGAGCAACAUCUCAGAGCAGCUUGUCUAAUAGAAAAGAUAACUCAGCUAACUUGUAAUUAUUAUACCAAUCCCAUAGUUUAAAUUUUAUUUUUGCCUUUUCUUUGUAUUUUCUGUGUAUUUUAGUCAGCCACCUCUAUUUAAUUUCGUUCCGAUUCGAACUAGGGACAGACAAACAGACAGACGAUGAAAGGAUAGAAUUCUAAUGAAUAUAAAACCAAUAAUGUUGAAUGA